AUGAAGCUCCUGCGGCCCGCCGUGCCGCCCCCUUGGCCUCCGCUUGCCGCGGCGCUGCUGCUCCUGCUGGGGCUGCUGCUGGCGACGGCCUCGCCGCCCGGGAUGUCGGAGAACCCCAAAGGGAGGCAGAAGGCGCUCCGUCAGAGGGAGGUGGUGGACGUGUAUAAUGGGAUGUGUAUGCAAGGCCCUGUUGGUGUUCCUGGAAGAGAUGGAAACCCUGGUGUCAAUGGAAUUCCUGGAACCCCUGGUAUCCCUGGACGAGAUGGACUUAAAGGAGAAAAAGGAGAAUGCAUGCGAGAAAGCUUUGAGGAAUCUUGGACACCUAACUACAAACAGUGCUCAUGGAGUGCCCUGAACUAUGGCAUAGACCUUGGAAAAAUUGCAGAAUGUACAUUCACAAAGAUGCGCACCAACAGUGCUUUGAGAGUCCUCUUCAGUGGAUCGCUUCGACUUAAGUGCAGAAAUGCUUGUUGUCAACGAUGGUAUUUUACAUUUAAUGGAGCUGAAUGCUCUGGGCCACUUCCCAUUGAAGCCAUAAUUUAUUUAGAUCAAGGAAGUCCAGAGUUAAAUUCCACUAUUAACAUACAUCGCACUUCUUCAGUGGAAGGAUUAUGUGAAGGAAUCAGUGCUGGACUAGUGGAUGUUGCUAUUUGGGUCGGUACCUGCACAGAUUAUCCAAGAGGAGAUGCUUCAACUGGAUGGAACUCAGUCUCUCGCAUCAUUAUAGAAGAAUUGCCUAAGUAGAACUCUUUCAGUGAUAUUCCCCUGCCCCAACUCUAUGUUCAAUGCUUUAUAUAACCAGUGGUAAAUCUUAAAGUGCAGGGGCUCAUUGUGACAGCCCUCACAGCCACAUUCCCAAGAAGAGUCCAAAAAAUGUAGGCAGUUGUGUUGAUCCAUUUCAAUGAACCAGUUCUAGUCACUGUCACCUCUGCCACAAGCAGAUCUUUUACAGAGCUAAUGUAUUAAGGUUGGCCAUUCCAGACUAAGGAUGCAAUGCUAUGCAUGAUUAGAAAGAAAACAUUCCUAAAAUUCCCCACAUUCCUCAGGCACCUGGGAAUUGUAAGACUGGGGUUUUUUUAAUAUAAAAAUGUAUAUGCCACCCAAUGUGUUACAAACGGAAACAUUUCCCACCAGCUACUGUGACAAUUGCAGCAACAUUUGGGGAACAAGGAAGUCUGGGGGAGCAGAUGACUUCAGUAUAAAAAACUGCCAGCCUGCACCCCUAACACUUUUGUAUAUAACCAUUUCCUGCACAGUCCUUGAACAUUUCUGUAUAAAAAACAAGCUCGAGUAUAAUGCAUAAGCUUCUAUAAAGAAACAGAAAUAACCAGUAAAUUUUCAAACCUUUAAAUACAUUUUCUACAAUAUUUUGAAUAUACUGUAGCAGCAAUCUCAAUUUACAUAUUAUUUUUGUACAAAUUCUAGACUAUUCUUA